UGUGAGAGCAAAUCAUGUAUUGCUUCUUUGGGGUAGGCUGGAGCAACAGCCAAGGCAAGCAGAGGUUCAGCGGGUGCAGCUUUUGCUGAGCAGCAAUGGUUCUCCUGCCUGCCAUGCAGCUGCUGAAGGGCUUGAGGCAGAUUCCUCUACCAAAAGGCCUCCUGUCAGAUCCGGCCAGUCAUUGCCAGGAGCCAGUAGUAAUUGGAAGCUAUGCCUUCCUUGUGUUGUGGCAUUUGAAAUCCUCCCCUUUUGCCAUCCCAGGUAGUACCAGCAGCUCUUCAACAGGAUUCCUGCUGCGUUUAGCCCUUUCAGAGUGCCCCAUACGGACCAGCUGCUUUCUCAGUUUUAGGCGACGCUUUAAGGAGGCAUCAGUGAUUCUCGGUGGGGGCAGCCUGAUCUUCACCUCAUACCUGGUGGUCAAGGGAGAUGAGCACUUCUACGCUGCGCAGCUGAUGCCACUCCUACAGAGAGUGGUGGGCCCCGAGACAGCCCACAGGCUGGCUGUGCGCUUUGCGGCUCUGGGGAUCCUGCCCUGCUCAAGCCAAGCUGACUCGGAUGCAUUGGCAGUGGAAGUCUUUGGGCGCCGGUUUCGGAACCCUCUUGGCCUGGCUGCUGGUUUUGACAAGCAUGGAGAGGCUGUAGAUGGACUCUACAAGAUGGGAUUUGGCUUUGUGGAGGUGGGGAGUGUCACCCCAGAGCCCCAAGAGGGGAACCCCAGGCCCCGUGUCUUCCGGCUGCCAGAGGACCAGGCCAUUAUUAACAGGUAUGGGUUCAACAGCCACGGGCAUGCAGUGGUGGAGCACAGACUUCGAGCCCGACAAGAAACUCAGCGUCAGCUCAGCUUAGCGGGGAUGCCUCUUGGAAUAAAUCUUGGCAAGAACAAGGCCUCUGUGGAUGCAGCAGCAGACUACGUGGCGGGUGUGCGGGUGCUGGGCCCGCUGGCCGAUUACCUGGUGGUGAACGUUUCCAGCCCCAACACGCCGGGACUGCGGGCCCUUCAAGGGAAAGCGGAGCUGCGCCUCCUGUUGGCCAAGGUGCUGGCUGAGAGGGACGCCUUGGCAUGCAAGCACAAGCCGGCUGUACUGGUGAAAAUUGCUCCAGACCUCACGGCCCAAGACAAGCAGGACAUUGCCAGUGUCGUCUCCGAGUUAGGCGUUGAUGGACUGGUGGUCACCAACACCACUGUGAGCCGCCCCAGCACCUUGCGUGCAGCUCUUCGUGGGGAGGUAGGGGGUCUAAGCGGAGCUCCCCUGCGAGAGCUCUCCACUCAGCUGGUCAGCGAGAUGUACUCUCUCACCCAAGGACGGGUCCCCAUCAUUGGUGUAGGUGGAGUCUCCAGCGGGCAAGAUGCCUUGGACAAGAUCCGUGCAGGGGCCUCCUUGGUGCAGAUGUACACUGCCCUCACCUACCGUGGGCCACCUGUGGUGGGUGCUGUGAAACAGGAGCUGGAGGCUCUGUUAAGGGAGCAAGGAUUCCAGAGCGUGCAGGAUGCUGUAGGUGCAGAUCAUGGCCUCUGAGGACUCCUGGCAUGGGCUUAGUGUGACAGCAGGGACUCUGUGGGCAUAGAGAUGCUUGUUUGCCCAGGUCAGCCUGGUAGCAUCCAGCAUGUUUCUGCUUGCAGUCCUGCCCCGUCUUCCCCUACAUGAGGGCAGGGGGGCUUCCAUCAAGAUCAGCUGGGUCCAUUUUUUUUACAGCAAGGAACAAAAAAGUGCCUCCUUGAAGAGCUUCACAGUGUACUUCUUAAUGCAAACUUUUGCAGUCCAGCAGGUACUAAGUGUCCCUGGAACAGGAUGAGCAAACAUUGACACAAGUCAAGUAGGCCAGGCUCGGGCUGGCUUCUUUC